AUGUCAGCUCUGUGAUGUGUGUGCAUUUACUUUCCAGGAGAGGCCCUGCUGUAAUACUCCUAAAAGGCAUAUUGGCAACAUUAUCUACUAGGUGUAACCCAUAAAUAAAAAUGCAUGGUACUUUUGAUAAAGGUGUCAGAUAAGCAACUAAUGUGCAGGUAUUAAUGACGUUGAUGUAAUAUUAGCCCGUACAUCUGUACAAUAUAGGCAUAAUUAGAGGACAAAACGGUUUGAAAUCCAAGACGCGAUGUUCAACGUUUAUGUGUUUAUUGCGCCCUCUGGUGCAUAAAUUAAGUUUUGUACCAAAGAGUACAACGCUACAGACAUCAGGUACUAGAAUAGGCCUACAUCCAUAUUAAAGCAAGUAAAACCUAUCCGUCUGUUAAUUCCCAAUAACCGAACGUCCCCUUGGGGUCACUGUGAUUCAGGGACUAAUCAUGGGAGAGAAUAAGACAGAGUACAGAACGAUAUAUAGAGCGAUUAAUAAAGAUAUUCCCUCGCACCGUUACACUUUGCAGUCAACAGUCUAAUCGCAACUGCAACAGCUGGCAAAAGUCAUACGAACACGGGGAGGAAGCAUAAAAUUCUGCACCCACAGCUGGUUGAAACCCCCCAGCCCUGCGAGUAAAAAAACCUGCGCCCUCCCCUCCACUCCUUCCAGUGUGUUCAGUUCACUUCUGGUUAUAAAUUUAACCAUAGCAGUAGAUUUUAUUUAAAAUGCUUAGCUGACACUUUUACCAAAGCCACAGUUUCAGUCAUUGAUGCAGCUGGAUGUACUGAAGCAUUUCUGACAGUGUCGUUUAAAAGGUACUACGUCGGGUACCUAGAACAACUGUCAUAAGACAGGAUGCAGUCUAACCAAUUUUAUGUAUAUGGGCUAAUAUACGACAGAUUUAACAGCGUAUGUGUUAAACACUAAAAUCCAUUGGUUACGGUAAUUUUACAAUAUUGUUAAAAAAUACCCUCUGUAAACAUAACGCGCAGCGCCUGAUUGGUUGAUCCAAAGUGGGAGGAGCUCUGAACUGUACCUAAUUUUUUUCACGAUGUCUGCCACGGCGAAAAAUCCUGCUCUCCCGGGACCACGGGGAAUUAUCCAGAUUCUGUGGUUGUAGUUAUUUUUCUUUUGUUUUUAUUCAGGCUGGGAACAUUUGUAGCAUACUCGAAGACAGGCAUAUUUUUUUGCGCGGAACAAGAAUCAUACACCGGGACACUAAGAUAGCAGGUGUCAGCGACGUAGAAACGGCGUCGUUACCGCAGCAGAUAAAGCCGAAAGUCGGAGAAAAUAACGUCGAGCGCGGAAAAUGUCGCCUCAACGCAAACGAUCACUUAAUGGAGCAUAACAGACAUUUGUGCGCGACGUCGCUUGAUUUAAUUAAAAUGCAAAGUAACUUAACUGAAAUGGGAGCGGAGCUUUGCGCACUGAGAUCAGGACACUAACGGGAACUCUAUGUUUACUUACGUGGGAAAGUGCAAAUAAUACGCAAAAUACGUACGCGUCCGUAGAGCUGGAGACCCACCUUAGAAGAUCCGAAUUAUUUCUGUUGUGAAUUAAAAGUGAUAUCUGGCGAAAGUCCUCUUCCCAAUGGAGAAGUAUGAGAAACUGGCCAAGAUUGGAGAGGGCUCUUACGGUGUGGUCUUCAAAUGUCGCCAUAGAGAGACCGGGCAGAUAGUCGCCAUCAAGAAGUUUGUUGAGUCGGAAGAUGAUCCUGUCAUCAAGAAGAUCGCACUAAGGGAAAUCCGCAUGCUGAAGCAGCUGAAGCACGUCAACCUGGUGAACCUCCUGGAGGUAUUCAGGAGGAAGAGACGGCUCCACCUUGUCUUUGAGUUCUGUGAACUGACCGUCCUCAACGAGCUGGACAGACACCCUCGCGGAGUCCCGGAGGCUCAGCUGAAGAGCAUCGUGUGGCAAACUUUACAGGCCAUCAACUUCUGUCAUAAACACAACGUCAGUACUGCCGGACUCUGUCGUUAUUUCCCCUGUGUGCUCACAGCUUGUGUGUCCUCCCCCUGCCCCCAAGAGUGUAUCCAUCGCGACGUGAAGCCAGAGAACAUCCUCCUGACGAAGGCGGGGGUCAUCAAGCUCUGUGACUUCGGCUUCGCCAGGAUUCUCACUGGUCCAGGUGAUGAUUACACCGACUACGUAGCAACGCGGUGGUACCGAGCCCCAGAGCUGCUGGUGGGGGACACUCAGUAUGGACCCCCCGUGGAUGUGUGGGCCCUUGGCUGUGUCUUUGCAGAACUUCUAUACGGGAACCCACUGUGGCCCGGCAGGUCCGAUGUGGACCAGCUGUACCUCAUCCGCAAGACUCUAGGUGACCUGAUCCCUCGCCACCAGCAGGUGUUCCGCUCCAAUGUCUUCUUCAGUGGCGUCAGUAUCCCUGAACCAGAUACCAUGGAGCCCUUGGAGAAGCGGUUCCUUGGCAUCUCUUCCCAGGCCCUCACAGUGAUGAAGUCAUGCCUGGUGAUGGACCCCUCCCUGCGGUUGUCCUGUGAGGAGCUGCUGGCACUCCCCUACUUCCAUGAAGAGGGAGGGGCCAGCUGGGGGCGCGAGGGGGAGCGUGCAGGAAGGAGGCAUGACAGGGGCCCCAGACGCAGGCAGCCAGGGCUCCAGUACCUCCCUCAGCUUCCCAGCAGCAACAUCUCACCUGCCCCCGAAGUCAAGAAACUGGUCAAGCCCAGAUAUGACCACCACCUGCCUAACAUCUGACCAAAAGCGACUGAAAGAUAAAUUGUGUGUCUCUGUACAUUUGUCAGUUGAACCGUCCGUGUGAAUGGCUGCUUGCGUGCUUGGUCGCCGUGUGUAUUGGGGAACAUUUUGGGGGCCUGUGUGUGGGGAAUAUGGGGAUUGUAAAAUGUAGAAAAUGUGUUAUUUUAAAAGGCAUGAGGAACAGGCACAGAAGUGCUGAUAAGCCAGGUGUUUGUAGCUACAACGACAGGCCAGGACCGGUAAUCCCUUUAACUGGACUGAAUAAAUCGAAUAGGAAACAUUUACAGCAUUUUUUUAUUAUUAUUUUUGAAAACAUUUAUGUAGUAAUAUUUUCUCUUAAGGUAUUUGUAAAAGAUAUUAUUUGUGUUACAUGAUUUCCAUCAAUGCUGCGAUAAAAAUGAAUUAUGAAUUUGUUGUAUUUUUAAAUACUGUGUCUUUCCCAGCUUAUAAUAUGUAUUUUAGUUAUGACCAUUACUACUAUGAUCAUUUUCAGCUAAUCUGUAGCUUUUUCUGGUACUGAACAGUAUUUAUAGAUUUGUCACAGUCAUGAAUGAGGAUUACCAAAUACUUAGUCACGUCAGAAGUAGAGUUAGUGAAGAAGGCGUUCAUGUAUUUACGACAUUUACAGGAAUAUUCAGUUUCUGUUGUGCUUACAUUCCUGUUUCUCCCAGUCCUGUAGUUGCAUUCUGAGCUAAUUAGUAUUAGCCUAAUUCCACUGGUCGUUUUUGUUACCAUUUUUACUUAAGACUUAAAGCAUGUAACUUUCCAGACAGGUUACAUAUAGGAUCACCAAGGUUUAUUGUGACCAGGAACAACAGUGAUACACAUUGGUGUAUUCUCAUAAUAAAUAGCUACAUUAAUUUUUAAAAUGGCUGCUGUACCUCCAGUGGUCAGUAGGGCGCAGCAUUGAGCUGGUGCUGGCACGGCAGGUUGCCAAAUUCACCAUUAGGAUGGAGUCCAGGCUAUCAGGCGUCCCUAGGCAGGGAAGGGUAAGGACACCGAGUACAAGGCUGUAUCCUCAGCUUGCUCACCUGUAAUGAAAUGUAGAGAAAGUGAACUGGUCUAAAGGACACAGGUGAUACCUGAAUCUUUACAGAUGCUGCAAAAUGUGAAGCUAGCGUGUUUUAGAAAGAUGUGCCAACAGAACUGAUGCUUACACUGAAGUCUGGCAUUUGUGAUUGGUUAAAAAAGCUCUUCGUAUGUUGUUAUAGGAAUAAAGCAUUUCCUCCCAGUC